CCGAUCCAUAGUCAAUUUAUCCCAUUCUUAGAGCACCUGUCCACGAUUAUUAUGGAGGAAGAAGACUCCUGGAUAAAUUUUUUCUUCUCUGGCAAUCCUCCAGAGUUCGUGAAUGAAAUCAAGGCCGAUCAACAGUUCCGACCUUUCUGUUCUCGAGAUGACGCUUGGAAACUACGAGGCCUGGCCGAUAAGACAAGACCGAUAGACGAGACCAGGAUACAAGUUCUCUGGCUUCUGAUCAAUGGACAUAGAAGAUACGUUGGCAAUGUGUUUCCCGAUUAUACAAAGAGGGAGGCCAUGUCGCAGCUUUACCGGCUCAGGGUAUCGAAGCGCCAGAUCCCCCAGAUGAUAGACAAUGCUGUGCUCAACUUUGAUAGGUUCGUCCGAGAAGCUCGGGCAUAUACCCAGAUUGACCGAUUCUGUUCCCGCCGGGAAAGAAUAUAUUUCCCUAAAUUCCAUGGUAUAGUUACCGACAUGCAAAGAGAUAGGUUCUUGUCAGGAUAUGUUCAUCAGCGAGCGGUCGUGCUGGAAGCCAUUAUACCGAAGUUGUCUUCUCGGCGUAUCCUUGCUGAGCGCGGCUCUCAAUUACCAGAAAUCUCCUUGGAGGCGCUUGCGAAGCUGUCCUUAAGCUCAUUUGAGCGCGACUGGUAUAUAUCUUUGCUAAACGACCGCCUUCGUCGCCUGGAUGCCUUACAUCGACUGGGGGUCACUCAUGGAGACGUCCAGGACUGGCAUUUUAGAGUUCCUGGUGACUUUUAUGAUACAGUCUUAUAUGACUUCUCUGAGGCGUACACAGUCUCUCCCAAGUGGCCUUUCCGGAUAAAUCAUGGCAAACCUCGGCCGUUGAGAGGCAUAGCAAAGGGCGAACGUGAGAUAGUUAGCAUGCACAUUGAAGAACGAGCUGGCACCCGUGAUUUCCGUUCUCAUCUUGCCCACCUGAGUUCAGAGAACACCGUUGAUGAUGCGCUCUGGCAGUCGCUGUACGCGGAGAAGGAGUCGCUGGAGUUGAUUAUAUUCAAAGUUCGCCAUCGCCCAGAUUACUUUUCGAUGCCUACGCUGAAUUCCGUUUUCCCUUUCCUAGAGGCGGUUUGUCCACCAUCUGACCCUGGCUUAUCCGCCGAGGCCGGCUUUUGCAGCAUUACGAAUCAGUCUGGGCGGUUUCCCGAUUCGAUGAAAACCAGGCCGCGUCUAUUCUAUUCGAUGGCGAAGUGGAGUUUGAAACAGACGAUUUGCGUGGUAGAUCCUAUUUUAUGCUUUGCUUAAUACCAAAGUCGUGGAAUCUAUCAUGGAAGACGGAUCAUGAAUCAAGUUCGGAGGAUACAGGACCAAGUCACCAGCUACGACAAGCUUGUUCGCUUGCCUUGUCUGAGCGUUCGGGGCAGAUCUUUGGCCGUAGCGAAUUUCUGGAAGUUGGCAAGCAAGACAAAGAAUUUGAGCCGAGUGAGCAUGUAUAGUCUACGGAUUAUGCUAUAUUAUGAACUACAUCCAAACACCAUCCUUGAGUAUCUGUUUGGCGGUUUUGUUAAACUAGAAUUCGGUACUCAUCUAGGAGCACAAUAGGAUCAAAAGGCUUGAGGGUGGCUCUUACAAAUCCAGUCGACCGGGUCUCCAAAUCGAUUACCGGAUGCGGAAAGUAUGCCCUAAUCCCCAACUUGCCAAGACCGUUGUGUCCUCAAGUCUUCACCUUAUUACUGAGUCC